AUGUUGGAUUUUAUCAAAUCGUUCUCGAGAGACAAUUUCCAGCUGGACAUUGUUGGUUUUCUGGCCAUUCUCGGUGAAGGAUCCUUAGAGCCAAUAGCACAAGUUGCCACCCUUAGCCAUUUCGUCUACCUACCCCGACUACUCCCUGCGCCUCAAGUCUUCAUCCGUCCAUCUAGGCCUGAGAAGCUAGAAGGUGUCUCGACGGUGAAAGUGGUGGGCAUUGAGUCUGGAAAUACUGCAACCGAGAUCCACCACGUUGCUCAUGCCCUCCAUCGUGGAGACAAGCUGCCACACAAUUCCGUCAAAUUGGUCAGAGUGAGAGAAAAAGAUGAACUACCAAGGCCUUCGGUCCGGACUCUGGGCCCGCUCACAGCCCUUGCUCUGCUUGGCUUUUCCAUGAGCGCUGCCCUGUUUGGAUUGAGCAUCUACUACAACGAUGGCAUGGCGUUGUUGGCAACAAUUUUCCUCUCACUUCUGGGAACACUGACAGGAUGGUCUAACAAAUGGCAUCCAACUCCAAAUGCACCCAAGCCAGAUCCCAAUUCCCCUCCUGGGAACGUAGUCAUCAGAUACCCGCAAGGCGCAUUCAUUGUGGUGCUGUGCGACGAACGGACAGCCCGAUAUCUCUACUUUAACCCUAGCGAGAAGUGUGUCUACACUAUCAGCAGUGGCCCUACCUAUAGGCUGCUAUCUCUCGUGGGUACAUUGCUGCUAAUGGGCGGAGUGAUAUGCCUCGCCAAUUCCGGCAUCGAACUCCAAAGUGGUUUCGCGGCAUCCUACAUGCUCCUCAACAUCUUCUACUGGAUUGUGGCAGCCCUGCCACCUGCACGACACUGGGACCUGUCACGUCUCGAAGUCUCUGAGAUCAACGUCCAAGGUGGAUUUCCAACCGAGGGCAGAGAUGAUGCCACGACUCCGACCACCUACACAGAGGCGCUGUGGAAAGCAAUCGCCAUCACCGGCUUUACGGGCUGGGUGAAAGAAGGAGUGCUAGCGCCCAAGACACCGGCAUGGGAAGAAUGGCUCAUCGAAGCGAAGGAGGCUGCGAACAGGGAGAAAAUCGAAAGGUCGCCGGCUUUCAAUAGCAACACUGGGAACCAGAUGGAGACUUGGUCCAUCCCCAGUUGGGAUGCCAAGGGCGCAUUGGGUAAUUUGCUGCAGACGGAGAAGAAGGCGAAUCCUGUUUGA